AAUGGCAAGAGGUACACCAGCAAUCGGUAAAAGACACUAAAAGACUCAUACUUUCUGUAAGAGAUGUGGUAGAUAAACAUUCCACAUUUAAAAAAACAGAUGUGCAUCAUGUGGAUAUCCAGCUGCUAGAUUAAGACUCUGUAUUAAUAUAAAUUAAUACAAUAUUAGACAGUGGAUGGGGUGAAAAGGUAGCUAGACGUAGAUCAACUGGAACAGGAAGAAUGAGAUAUUUGAAAUCAAUUGCCAGAAGAGCAAAGAAUGGUUUUAGAGCAGGAACUUAAGCAUAACCAAAAGUUAAAAAUACAUAGAAAAAGUGAU